GUUUGCCGAAAUACUACAACUUCAACUUUAUUGUUGACCGUAUUGUCCUGAACCAUCAUGAUCUGUAAUUAGCUUGCUAGUUGUUAAAGAAAUGAAGUAAUUAUAUUUAUUAUUUUUAUAAUAUUUGGUUAAAUGUAAAAUUUGUGUUAAUUUCACAAGAUGUCAGCUUCAAGUGCUCGUCAAGAUAUGCCACCGAAAGGUGGCUAUUCAUCAAUACAGUGGCAGCGUAUUCCAUUGAAGAAACCUUGGAGUGGUUUCAAAGCCUUCAGUGCUUAUUUUCUGAUUUCAGCCGCUGCUUAUUGUGGUUAUCAUGAAAGUUUAAGACUUAGAAGGAGGAAUAGAAGAGAAAAUGAAGAAUUGACUGUUGCAAUUGAACCUUUACUUGUUGCUGAAAGGGAUCGCAUGUAUCUGAAUCAACUUCGUAAGAACCGAGAGGAGGAAGCUGACCUGAUGAAGAAUGUUCCCGGAUGGAAAGUGGGGACAUAUUAUGGUCAGCCACUCUACACAACAGUUGGUGACAACAUAAUUGAUCCCUAUUCAUUUGAAUACUAUGCCCAUGCUCACCCCAAUGAUGAGUAUUGGAUGCAGACAUACGACUUUUGGAUGUGAAAUAUAUUUAUUAUAGAAUGUUGUAAUGCUUUGAAUAGGAAAUAAAAAGAGUUUUUUGUGGAGAA